AGGUAUUUCUGUGUCAGUGGUUGUGAUUCCUUAGAAGGAAGCGUCACCGAACAAAAUAAGAAAGUUUUUAAGAGCAUGGCGGACAAAAUUGUGGAUGGCGGGCCAUGGACAGGAUGCGCGGUCAUGUUUCUGCAGUCACUCUAUCCUGGUGUGGACCUGCUCUCUCUCUACAAAGAUGAACGGGGAAAGUUUGUUGUUUUUAAAGUCAUCAAGCUGACACUUUCAGAUUCUGCAGGAGGUCUGGGUGGCUACGAAAUCCUGAAAUUCCAUGAUGCUGAGCCGUUCCUGGGGGUGGAGGUAAAGUUUGUGGAUGUUGCAGCAUGUCAGCAGUUCUUGGAGAGCUACCGCUCUGGAGCGGUGCAUCAGUUGCUCUCCCAACAUGCAUGCCGGCUUCUUGUUCUGCCUCAAGACUUUACAGUGGAAACCAAGCUCAAGGCCAGCACACACAUCCUGGAUCUGUGUCUGGACAAGCUGGACGUCUGCCUACAGCACAUCAACCUUUCACAGCCGGAGCGCCUACGUGAUGAGGAGAUUGAACAUCUUGAGCAGCAGCUGCAGAGUCAGGCUUUGGGUCCUGCCCCACAGCCCACCACCAUCACACAGGAAGAGUCUCCUAUCCCCAACAACUGCUUCAAGUUUCAAAACAGGGUGUUUGAAGACCGAAUGCUGACAGCGGCAGAUGUUCAGAGCUUUUCUAACGGAGUGGGCCGUCAGUGGAAGCAUGUAGGGAGGGCCCUGGGGAAGAGCUGCCGCGCUCUGAAGGGCCCGGCCAUAGAUAACCUGGCCUAUGAGUAUGAGAGAGAAGGGCUGUAUGAGCAAGCCUAUCAGCUGCUCAGCCGCUUCAUCCAGGCGGAGGGGAGGGCAGCCAAGCUGAGCAGACUGGUCAAAGCUCUGGAGGACAGCAAACUCACCAGUCUGGCUGAAAAUAUUCUGGACAUACAGCCCAGAGAGUAACACUGUGCAGAAGUCAUGAAAACUGAGGGGAUGCGUCCCCUGUAUGAAAGGAAUGGGGAUGCUGUUCCUGUCUGCUUUUAUAAACAAUGUAGUUGUUCUUGAUUGUUGUUUGUUUUCCUCAUGUCUGAAAUCAUUCCUGAAUGUGUGUCUGUAUGUGCUUGAACACAUGCCAACAUCUGUGAGAUUUGGGUUAUUCAUAUCAGAAUUUGUUUCAGAUACUGGUAUUAUUGAUGCUUUCAUUUGUAUAAAAUACUCUGUCAUCACUGUUAAAAAAAAACCCUGUAAGGAGUUUAAUGCACUGUUUAAACGGUUUAAACUGUUGUCAUCAUGUGCCUCUUUGAUUUCUGCUUUUAAGAGUCGAUUGACAGAUAAAAUCUGUUGGGUCUUGUUUCUAAUGACUGAACUGAAGGUUAUUGAUUUUUUUUUCUAUAAAAUGGGUGCUUGCAAAUUAAAUUGUUGUGGAAAAAAAUCUU